GGAUUUUCAACCCGUCAGCCCUGUCAUCAACAACACGACAGUUAGCUCAGCUGCUGCUUUGAUGGUUCUUAGAUAACGUUAAAUUAUUUUUGUUUGUAAUUUUGUUCCUUCGAGGAUGGACUUAUCAGGGGCAUUAAACCUUAUCGGGCUGCUUAUCGGCGUUGGAGUCGUGCUGGUAGCCGGAUUUCUUGUUGUGCUUGGAAUGGUUUUAAGAAGGGGGAAUCCUUAUCCGGUUGUGAAAAGAUAUCCGGAAGAGGAAUCCUUUACUGAUCCCGUUAACAAGAAGAAGUCCAAAUUCCCUUCGCUAGAGGAUAAAGCCGCGUUAACCUGUUCUGUGAUAGUUCCUGCAUAUUUUGAAGAAGAGAGAUUACCGCCCAUGCUGGAGGAAUGUUUACACUUUUUGGAACAAAAGUCAAAAACGAAUUCUGACUUUUCCUAUGAAGUUAUCAUUGUGAGUGAUGGAAGUACGGAUGGGACGGUGAAUGUGGCGCUGGACUAUGCAAAAAAGUUUAGCGUUGAUAAAGUCAGACUACUUGAUUUGAUUAAAAAUAGAGGAAAAGGAGGCGCAGUUAGACUGGGUGUUCUUAGUAGUAGGGGUAAAUGUAUUUUAUUCGCUGAUGCCGAUGGUGCCACAAAGUUUGCCGAUUACGAUAAAUUAUAUAAAGCUCUUAUAGACCUGAUGAAACAAGAUAAAUAUUCCGGUGAUGUAGAGCAAUUUCAAGGAAUAGUUUGCGGAUCCAGGGCGCACAUGGAGGAAGAAGCUAUCGCGACACGAUCUAUAUUUCGUACAAUCCUUAUGCGGGGCUUCCAUUUACUUGUGUACAUUCUUACUGUGAGAGGAAUUCGAGAUACUCAGUGCGGUUUCAAGCUUUUUACUAGAGCAGCAGCUAGAAAAUGUUUUUCGAAUUUGCACAUUGAACGAUGGGCAUUUGAUGUUGAACUAUUAUGCAUUGCUCAAGCCCUAAAAAUUCCAAUUGCUGAAGUAGGAGUGAAUUGGACUGAAAUUGAAGGUUCUAAGGUGACGCCAAUCUUAAGCUGGUUGCAAAUGGGACGAGAUUUGUUCCUUAUUUGGUUUCACUACGCAAUAGGAGCUUGGAAAUUAAUUAAGAAGUCAGAUUAGUUUCUACCUUCUAAUAAUUAUAUUGACAUUCCUGUUUUUUACUGGGACAAAUCAUACUGUUAUGUAAGUGGAUUUUACAUAUAUUUAUUAAAAUGCGCCACGUAAAUUAUUGAUACUAUCAACAUUUCCUUUAUCAAAACUAAUGCAUUCGAGUAUGUAAAUACAUAAAGUACAGACAUAGUUGUUCCUAGUCAUAAUAAAAAUUCUUUGUCAAACACAACCAA